AUGGCAACUAAAGGAAAAUCCGUGACCAUCUUUCAGCGUGCAGCUUCAUCGCCAUUGUACUUCAUCCUCUAUGUCUUACUGGUGCUGUUGGGGAAUGUGGGAAACAUCACGGUCAUCGGAGUGGUUGGGGAAAGUAUUCUGCGAGAGCCGGGAGUCGUCCGCAGUUCUGAUGUGAUCCUGGUCAACAUGGCUUUCUCCAACCUGAUGGUGUCGUUGGUGAGGAACACUGUUGUGAUGGUGUCUGACUUGGGAGUGGAGGUUUACCUCAGUAGAGACUCAUGUCAUAUUAUGAUGGGCGUCUGGGUUUGGGUGCGCUCUGUAAACGUUUGGUCAACGUUCUUUCUCAGCGCGUUUCAUUUUCAAACGCUGCGUCGGGUUGCCCCACCAGUCAUCAAUCUGCACGGCCCCCGCGGGCCCCCCAAAUCCCUCAUUCUCGGGUUCUUCCUCAUCUGGAGUCUGAAUCUGAUGUACUCAAUACCAGCAUUUAUGUUCUCCAAGAACGGGGAUGAGAACUCCACUGAGACGUUGAUGUUGAUGAGCAGCACCACUCGGCCACUGCUGGGCUGCAUCUGGAACUUUCCAUCAUCCUACAGUGGUCUGGCCUUUGCCACAUCUUCCAUGGUGAUCCAUGAGGCUAUUCCAAUCUGUCUGAUGACCUUCACUAACCUGGGCUCCCUGGUGACGCUGUACACCCAUGGAAACAUGCGGAACUCCACCAACAAGAGCCAGGACGCACCGGUCAUCAGCCGCAUUCCUGCAGAGCGACGGGCGGCUAAGGUGAUUUUGACUCUAAAUAUUCUCUUCAUAUCAUCUUGGGGCACCAACGUCAUCUCUGUCAACUACUUCAACUAUAACCGCGGAUUUUCAACCGAGUUUCUGCUGAUCAUCGCUCGCUUCGCUAACUUGACCUUCAUUGCACUCUCACCCAUCGUCCUCGCCGUGGGACACAGGAGACUCCGGUCAUUUAUAAAGUCUCUCCUGUCUAGCAUACUCUGA